AGGAGCAUGAUGAGAUAUCUCUGCUAUCAGUCCCGACCAAACCUCGUGCCAGCAGUCGCGGUAAUACGAGGGGGGUUUCCGUUAUCCGUCAUAAAUGGGCCUAAAGAGUCUCUAGGCAGCCCGUCUAAGACUAUCCAGCGGACUAUUGGCCUUAGAGCUGGCAUAAGAACUUCAAGGCCUAUUGAGUCGAGUUACCUUUCAACCUUCGCCCUAAGGCCCGGGGGGCCAAAUAUGAAGCUGCUUAAAGCUCAUCCACUGCUUGUAUUAGCAAAUAGCUAUCUGAUAGACUCCCCAGCUCCUAGGGUCACUCUAGCGAUGCACUACUUACCUUCGAUAGAUGCAGCCUUCUGCAGCGUUGAACACAUCAUGAGAGAUGUAAACAACGGCUGGUUAAUACGAUACCUACACGCUAAU